CACUGCGUACAUAAUUAUUACGGUUUAUUUGUUAAUUAGUUACGUACUUUAUUUUAAUAACAAUAUUAUUUUAUAUAUUACUGAUUUAUUAUUAAUAAUUAUAAGUAAUAAGUUUUAUUAUCCAUAUCAAAAUGUUGUCGAGUUGUCUAAUAAUAUUAGUUGUGAUAUUAUUUUGUUACCAUCGUUGGAAAAAUGAGAAAUUUGUGUCGUUAUAUAACCAGUUGACUGCAGGGAGUUACAAGCCAAUGCCAAUAAUAGGACAUGCGUAUCUGUUAUGUGGGAAUAAUGAAGACCGUAUGAAAGGAAUGCAGAUAAUAGGACGGAUAGGUCUUGAUUUGGGAGGACUUGGAGCAGGGUGGUUUGCCAACAAGCUUUAUACAUUGGUAUCAGAUCCAGUUCUGGCCGAAGUAAUUCUGAAAAAUUGUUCUGAAAAAGACUACACCAUGAAAUUUCUGCGAUAUCUACUUGGUAAUGCAUCUAUUAUAGCACCAGUUCCACUAUGGCGACCACGUCGGAAGAUCAUGAACCCAAGCUUCAGCAAAAAGCACCUGGAUGCCUACAUGGGCGUCUGCGCUCGUCAUUCUAAGAUUACCGAGGCCAAAUUUCUGGAAGCAGGCUCAGGGUAUAUACCUGUCUCCAAAUAUUACAUCCGUUGUACUAUGGAUAUUGCGUACGAAUCCGUUCUCGGAAUUCAAGUCAACACUCAAAACGAUCCAGAUAGCCUCGUAGUGAAGUAUUGGGAUGAAUUUCGAGAGGUGGUAACGGGACGCAUGUGUCGACCCUGGUUGCACUUUGACUUUAUUUACAAACUGCUACCAAGCUAUUCAAAGCUUCAAACACACAAACAAUAUCUAGAAAAUCUCUCGAGUGAGGCUAUAAGUAAGAAAUUUCAAGAACUAAAAGAAGCUGAUGCAUCAAACCGUAAUGUUACAGAAGCAAAUGCUGAAUACAAAACUUUUUUGGAGACGUUGAUAGAGUCAUCCAAGAGUGAGGGAGGGUACACCAAUCUCGAACUACAAGAGGAAACCUUAACUUUGAUAUUCGCAACUUCAGACAGCACAACAGUUGCCUGUUCUUUCACAACUCUCAUGCUUGCAAAACACCAGGAAGUUCAAGAAAAAGUCUUCAAAGAGUUACAGCAAGUAUUUGGAGGUUCAACGAGAUUGGUGACAGCUGAGGAUCUAGGGAAAAUGAAGUAUCUUGAGGCGGUAAUCAAAGAAUCUUUGCGGUUGUACCCGCCGGUACCAAUCCUUGCCAGAGAGCUGCAGAAAGAUAUCAUGCUGCCUACAGGAGUAAAUUUGCUAGAAGGCACUAGCAGUGUCAUCAACGUCUGGGCGAUACACCGCAACCCUCGAUAUUGGGGCCCUGAUGCUGAGAUCUUCAGACCUGAAAGGUUUUUGGACAUCAAGUUUGAACACCCAGCGCAGUUCAUGCCCUUCAGCUACGGGCCCAGAAAUUGUGCUGGUUAUAAGUUCGCAAUGUUGAUAAUAAAAACAUUGAUGGCAACAGUUGUACGACGGUUUCGUAUUCUACCACGCACUGACGAUCCAAACUUCUUUAACAAAAUAGAAGAUUUGCCAGUCAAAUACGAUAUUACUAUGAAAGACGUGAAAGACUUCUUAGUGAAAUUAGAAGAUAGACAUUCAGUGAAUUGUAUAGCUUAACUUGAAGUAAAAUUCAAUAGUUAAUAUUUUAUUGC